UCUGAAGCGCGUCACGUCUGAUGGCCCAAUAAGAUUUAAGAAAGGGAAAGGAUACGGAGGUCAAAUUAAGAUUUUUUCUUGCAGGCAGUUGCUUGCUAUUUGGUGUUUUACAAGUGCUGAUUGCUAGCUGUAGCUUAGCUUGAACAGUGUUCUAUAUUUCUGAUAAUCGCUGCUUGUGGAACUUACAUUUCGUUCACUGUUUAUGUGCAACAAACAACAUCCACGUUGCCUCCACUACUAGCUAGCUAGUGUCUAGCUAAUUUGAGCCAUAACAUCCAGCGCUGUCAGUCCGGGGGAGCAGCCAUGUCCGCAGACGCAGAGGACAGCCACCUGCACUGCCUCGCCUGCCAGCUGCACUUCAAAAGCCACUCUGCCCACCUGACGCACAUGGCCAACACGCACCCUGCUCGCCUGGAUGGCCUGCCUGUGGGUCGCCUGGGAAACGCUGUGUUCUACCAGCCCACAGCCAGGCUGUUCCACUGCUCCCUCUGCUUCUACACAUCCAACUACUACCCUCUGAUCUAUGACCACCUGCUGGCCAGCCACUGCCUCUCAGAGAAGGGGAGGGAGAAGGAGGAGAGAGUGAUGGAGGAGAGUGUGAUGGAGGAGAGAGUAAUGGUGAAGGGAGAGAUGGUGAAGGGAGAGAUGUUGAAAGAGGGAGAGAGAGUGAAGGGAGAGGUGGAGGAGGGAGAAAAUCCAGAUAAUGGUAAAGAGGGAGAAUGGGAAGAGGGUGGAGAGGGCCAUAGAGGCAGGGACGCUCCCCUGAGAGGCAGCUCUCAGAUGCAGGAGGAGGAGGGAGGAGGGGAAAGGAACCCCUGCGACAUCUCCCUCAAACGAAAGAGGAGUUCAGCGACAGACACAAAGGAUGAAGAUGAGGAGGAGGAAGAGGAGGCGAUAGACCCCACGCAAGAGCAGAAGGAGCGUGAGGUGCUGGACAGGUACACUCUGUUCUCAGGAAACCGCUACGUCUGUCGGCUGUGUGGCUGGAAGUCCAAGAUGAAAGGUUUCAUCAUGAGUCACAUUGUGCGCUCCCACAACGUGCCCAAGCCCUUCUCCUGCCAGCACUGUGAGCGCAGCUACAUCCUGCAGAGCCAGCUGAACAGCCAUGCCAGCCUGUGGCAUCGCCAGGGACUCUACCAGUGCCCCUUCUGUCUUUUCAGCUCCGACGUGCUGAGAGGCAUGAGGCGCCACUGCACGCGCUGCAGCACCAGGCUGGAGGGAGAGGGCAGCGAGGGGGAGGGGUGAUGGGGGAGGGAAGGAGGGAGGGGUGAUGGGGGAG